AUGUCGAAGCCGAUCCACAACCCCGGCACCGCCGACGGCUGGCACGGCUCCAUCCCAGCCUCCUUCCCCGCCGAGCCAGCCCGCUACCACCUGUACAUCGGCCUCUUCUGCCCGUUCGCGCACCGCGCAAACUUCGUCCGGCACCUAAAGGGCCUAACGGAUCUCAUCAAUGUCAGCGUCGUGAUGCCCUACCCCAAGGGCGACGCCAAGGGGUGGCCGGGCUGGCGUUUCCCGGCGUCCAACGACGAGUACCCCGGCGCCACGGUCGAUAAGCUCCAUGGCGAGGACUACCUGCACAAGAUUUACUUCAGGGCCGAUACCGAGUACAAGGGAAGGUACUCGGUGCCGCUGCUGUGGGAUACUAAGACGGAGACGGCGGAAAGCCUCGAGCUCCUUCGCUGGCUGCCGAGCGCAUUCAAUGACCUCAUUCCACCAAAGCUCGCAUCAAUAAGCCUGUACCCAGACCACCUGAAAUCCAAAAUCGACAGCCUGCACGCCUGGAUCAACCCGCAUCUGUGCACGGGCGUAUACAAAGCCGGCUUUGCGCCUGACCAGGAAACAUACAACAAGAACGUGGUUCCCGUCUUUGGGGCGCUCAACAAACUCGAGAAGCUCGUCUACGCCAACGGCGGGCCCUUCAUCCUGGGUUCCGAAAUGACAGAGAUAGACGUCACCGUGUAUGCAACGCUCGUACGAUUUGACACGGUGUAUGUCCAGCACUUCAAGUGCAAUCUGGGCACGAUUAGGCAUGACUAUCCGGUCUUGAGUAAUUGGCUCAAGGGCAUGUACUGGGAUGUUCCUGCUGCGCGGGAGAGUACGGAUUUUAAGCACAUUAAGGAGAAUUAUACGAAGAGCCACUACGAUAUCAAUCCAAAGGCGAUCACGCCGCUUGGCCCGUACCCGGAUGUCGAGGAGGGCGUUGAGCAGGAAUGGGCGAAGCUGAAGGUGGGAGGGGUGGAACACCCGGAGGUACUGGAAUUUGAGAAGGGGUUGAAAAAUGAAUAG